UCCCAAGGCCCCUUGUGCUUGGCCCGGCCUCCCUGCUCCAGGAUGCUUGGCAGGGAAACGGGGAGGAGGCCCCCCGGGGGGCCACGCGGAGUCUCCCCUUCUCCCUGCUCGGCAAGGCAAUGGGGAGGGGCGGAGCCGCCUCGUCGUCCAAUGAGGGCCGAGCGUCAGGCUCAGGCAAGGUUGCCCUGCGCCUCUCCGGCUGAGUCCGCGCUGGCAGAUGAGCCACACGCCCCGCAGCCCCGCAGAGUGGAAGAGGAGGAGAGCCAAGGGCGGCUGGAGGACUGCGCUCGCCGCCCACCUGCGGGGUUUGCAACAAAGGGGCUAAUCCCAUCUGGUAGUUUGUUGACUGAGGCAAGCCUGCUGGGAACAAGCAAGGAGUAAGUGGAAGAGUUCCCUGCCUCCACCGGCUCCUCCUCUGAUACAGGCUUUACUGUGUCAGCAGCUUAGCCUGUUGGCUUUAAAGGAUGCCGGUGACAGACCAGGCCUUUGUGACCCUUGCCACUAAUGAUGCUUAUUGCCAUGGUGCUUUGGUUCUUGGACAAUCCUUGAGGAACCACAAAACAACUAGAAUGCUGGCAAUACUAAUUACUCCUCAGGUCUCCGGUGCAAUGAGGACUUCCCUCUGCACCAUAUUUGACUCAGUGGUUGACGUGAAUGAAAUUGACAGCAAUGACGUGGUGCACUUGGCUCUGCUGAAGAGGCUGGAACUGGGUGUAACCUUUACCAAACUACAUUGCUGGACUCUUACUCAGUAUAGCAAAUGUGUCUUCAUGGAUGCAGACACAUUGGUACUAUGCAAUAUUGAUGAGCUCUUUGAUCGAGAAGAAUUUUCAGCAGCUCCAGAUUCUGGCUGGCCAGAUUGUUUCAACAGUGGUGUCUUUGUUUUCCAACCUUCCUUAAAAACCUUUAACCUCCUCCUGCAGUAUGCAAGUGAACACGGGAGCUUUGAUGGAGGUGAUCAGGGGCUUUUAAACAUGUUCUUUAGCAACUGGGCUACAAAAGACAUAAGCAAACACUUGCCAUUUAUUUAUAAUCUAAGCAGCAGUGCUGUCUAUAGCUAUGCCCCGGCUUUUCAGCAUUUUGGCCAAGAUGCAAAAGUAGUCCAUUUCUUAGGACCAGCAAAACCCUGGAAUUACAAAUACAAUCCUCAGACAAGGACAGUUACAGAGGAUGGUUCAGGCUCAGUAUCUACAAGUCAGCUCUCAUUCCUUGAACUGUGGUGGAAGAUAUACAGUUCUAGUAUUUUACCACUGUUAAAUGAAAUGGAGAAGUCUUCUGAAUCAAAACUCCAGAAAGGGGAGGCUGAUAUCAUUGAGGAUGAAGAUAAAUGUGAAAGCGAAAAUCCCAGCUUUAGCAAUCCUUUGCCAAUUUCAACACAGAAAGAGCAGGUGUCAGAAAUGCUUGAAAGUUUACUGGAUGAGUUAUCUGUCAAAGAUUGUUUACAGAAGGCUGAGUGCAAUUUUGAUGUCAACCUUGCUGAGCCAAGCAAAUCAUCUGCAGCAUCUUCUCCUCAAUCUAUUCUUCAACCAUCUGCAGAAAUAGGUAUGGUUACUUGUUCUGUUUCUGAGGUAUUGAUUCAGCCAAAGCCAGAAGAGGCAAGUGCAGAAGACGAACGAAGAAAAUGGGAGGAAGGCCACAUUGACUAUCUGGGGAAGGAUGCUUUUGAAAACAUUCAAAAGAAGUUAGAUUCUUUUCUGUUAUAAAUCUUGCUUUUGCAUUCACACGCAACCGCAACCAGAUCAUUGUUUACAUUAAAAAGCUCCAAGAAAAGACCCUUGUGGAAUUUUCAAAAUGGCUGCAUUUCCUAAAUGGACCAGUGUAAUGUACUGUGGCAAAGCUUGGUCUUGGAGAAUGAAAUAUAUUGAGUUUGUAAAAAUGCCUUAUUUGAGUGAGACUAUUUGUUCAUCUCAUUCAUACUGAGUAUUCUGCUUGUCAGCAAGCUACAUAUUUUUCCCAGGCUUGCUGCCUGAGAAUUAUUUUACUGAAAUACCAGUUUUAAUGGAGACCCCCCCCCCCAAUGUAUUGAACUAGUGUAGAGUUCUUCGGGAUGUAUUUGCUUUCCCUUUUUGGGGAUCAGUGACUAAUAAUUGGAAUAGACCUCUUGUUCAUUCGUGGAGAGUGGUGAUCCAUUCUCAGCUAAAUACAAAACCCUGUUUUUAAAUGUCACAGUAAAUACUAAAGAACCAUGCAAGCUCUGUGUGAUACUGAUUUACAACAAAAGAUAUUAUUCUAACCCUACCAAAAACACAUAUUUUGUUUGUAUUAAACUACUUUAAAUUGGUGUUUGUCUCCCUCCUGUAUUUUUAUCCUCAAUUUUAAUUUGGCUGCCAUCCUACUCAUCAGUUAAACUUACAAUGAAUUCAAUUGUGCUUGCUUUGGUGUUGAAAUUUACCACCAUAUCAUCCUGGAUACACUAAUAUCAACUGGAUUGGAGACAAAGUCAUAUCAGGUUUUGUUAUUACUUUGGUGGGAGACCAAGAUAUAGUGCCAGGAGUUAGGAAAGAAUCCUGCCUGAAACUUCUAGAAGGCUGUUGGUAAAGUUGACAGUACUGUGGCUUGCAUAGUCCAAGCAUCUGAGGCAGUUUCUUAUGUUCCUACGAUGAUGCUGGCAUACCUGGAAAGCUCAGAUUGAGAAUGGACAUUUUGUUUUCUUCCUAAUCAAGAUUCUCUUUAAUAGUUGUUGGUGCUAGUUUUACUUUUGUAAGCCAAAGGAAGAAGACACUCGUACUAGUCUCUGUGUUUUCCCAUCAACACUAACUGCCUGGCGAUUCCACUAUGAUAUGGUAAAGGUGGAAAUUCUAGUUUUUUUCCUUGCUCCAGCUCUACCCAUUUUAUAACACUGUUUAUUAUUGAAUAAACAUUUUAUAUUCUUAA